AUGGACUUCGUCAACAAGGCUCAACAGGCUCUCGGCGGCAACAGCCAGGGGCAGCAGCACGAGCAGGGUCAGCAGCCACAGCAAGGAAGCUCAGGCGGUGAGCAGAAGCAGGGCGGCAUUGGCGGUUUCCUCAGCGGACUCGGCAACAAAGCCAACGAAGCCGCUGGCGGUGGGCGUGAGAGCGAGAAGAAUGAGGACUACCUUGACAAGGGCAUCGACUAUGUGCAAGAGAAGUUCAUGGGCCAAGGACCACAAGACAACGAGAGCGCCAUCGAGCAGGCCAAGGAUGAGCAGAUCUCUGAUUACAUUCGAGGACAGUACAAGAGCGCAACUGGCAAGGAGUUCUUUGUGAAGGACAAGCCCACU